AUGAGGUCGCCGAUCCCCGACUAUCUCAACCGCGUCCUCGAGAAUGCCCGCCCCAACGAGUCCGGAGCGCCAGCAGGCUACAUCGAUGUGCUAGCGAAAGCGGACACGUCCAAGAUGGCGGUGGCUCUGGCCAUGGUGGACGGCAACCUGUACUCGGCAGGGGACGACCGGGUUGAGUUCUCAAUUCAGUCCAUUUCCAAAGCCUUUGUCUAUGCGCUGGCCAUCGAGGAUGCGGGCUUGCCGCAGGUGUUGGAAAAGAUUGGCGUGGAGCCGUCCGGCGACGCUUUCAAUCGGCUCUCGCUCGAGCGCGGCAGCAACCGGCCCAUGAACCCCAUGAUCAACGCCGGAGCCAUCACGGCGCACUCACUAGUCGUCUCGCCUGACGCUACGGUGGAGCAGAGGACGGAACGUAUCCUGAAGACGUUGUCGAGGCUUGCGGGCCGGGAACUUCACGUCGACGAGGAGGUCUAUCAGGCCGAACUCAAGGAUGCGGAUCGUAACAUGGGUAUCGGAUAUAUGCUGAAGGCAGCCGGCAUCAUCACCUGCGAUCCGCAAGACGCUGUGAAGGGUUACAUUCGCCAAUGCUCCAUCAAUGUCAACGUGAGGGACUUGGCCUUGAUGGCGGCAACGCUCUGCAACAGCGGCGUGCACCCCAUCACUGGAGACCAUAUCAUCCCUCAGACCAGUGUCCGUCAGGUUCUCUCUAUCAUGACGACCUGCGGAAUGUACGACGCUGCAGGUGACUGGGUUUCCAGGGUGGGCAUCCCGGCGAAGAGCGGUGUAGCUGGCGGCAUCAUCGGGGCUCUGCCGGGCCAAGUCGGCCUCGCAGCUUUCUCUCCCAAGCUUGACGGGCGUGGAAAUAGCGUGAGGGGCGUCGUGAUCUGUGAGCAGUUGUCACGGGACAUGGGCUUGCACAUGAUGGACGCCAGCCAGAUCGCGGGUGCCACUGUGCGUACCUCAGUAGCCACAAUCGUGGCGGGUGAGAGCGAGCCGCAUAACCCAAACUGCCAACGAGAAGUUGUUAUUUUCAGUCUCCGAGGCGCCGUUCGGUUUGCGGGAUCAGAACGUCUUACCAGGGCUCUUGCGCGUGAGCUGGGUUCGCCGGACCCCGAAGACCCCGGCUCUGGAAAGCAUGCCAACGCCUGUGCCGUGGUGUUCUCGUUCCGUGAUACAUACUCGCUAAAUACCAUUGCACAGAGGAUAAUUUGUGAGAAUAUCCGAAGGCUGGUUUUGGAAGAUCGGAGUGUUGUGGUGGUCGAUCCGUCUGGGGUUCUGCAGAUGACUGUAGAUCCCGAAAGUAAGGAGCGGCAACCUCGCGUGUUCAAGUCAGAAACUGAUGCACGGAACUACAUUGGCGGCUUGGGGUGCCAAGCGAUAUUCAAGGAUGACAGUUGGUGA